CCAGCAGGUCAAGACGGGGUGGAUAUAUAUAAAUUGAAAUUAUGACAAGCCCGUGUUUAUCAGAACACCAUAUUAAAAAAAGAUUCCAUACGCAAUGAAACUCUUCCUGCUUCUGCUAGCAUUGGGUUACGCGCAGUGUGCGCCCAGCAACCGAAUUGUUGGUGGAUCCGAUGCUAAAUCUGGACAAUUUCCAUGGCAGGUGUCUCUUCAGUUUGAUGUUGGAGGUGCGUUUGCACAUAUUUGUGGUGGUAGUCUCAUUGCUGAGGACAGAGUUUUGACUGCUGCUCAUUGUGUUGAGGGAACAAGUGCCAGCGACUUGAGAGUUGUUUUGGGUAUACUCAGACUGGAUCAUGUUGAUGAAACUGAACAGAUCCUGUCGCUCUCAUCUCUCGUUAUACAUCCGGAGUAUGAUGGUGAAGCUGAUGGUUCUCCAAAUGAUUUUGCUGUAUUGCGCUUAAGUGGUACAGCUAAUACGGCUAGCAGUGCUAUCAGUAUUAUUGAUAUGGCUGAUAAAGGAGAUGAUUUUACCGGAGAAGAAUGUACUCUCAGUGGAUGGGGUAGACUGUCAGGUGGUGGAGCUCUUCCCAAUACUUUACAGUGGGUUAACAUGAAACAAAUAUCCAACGCCCAAUGUGCAGUCGAUAUGACCGAUGUUACUGGUGGGAAAAUAGGACCUGGUCACAUCUGUGUUUCCCAAGCUGAUACAUCUGCCUGUAACGGUGAUAGUGGAGGACCUAUGGUAUGUAGUGGUGUGUUGGCUGGUGUUGCAUCAUGGGUUGUUGGCGGUUGUCUUACGAACUACCCAAGUGUGUAUGGGCGAGUUUCUGAAUAUAGAAACUGGAUUGACAAGAUCUAAAAAUGAAUAUAGAAACUGCAUUGACGAGAUCUAAAAAUG